AUGACUGAACCAACAUGUGGAAGGCCGUUAGGUUUGAAGUUCAACCCAAAAACUUGUGAACUCUAUAUUGCAGAUGCCUACUUCGGGCUCUUGAAAAUAGAUCGCAAUGGUGGUCAUCCUCAACAACUUGCCACUUCCCUACAUGAGGUCCCUUUCCGUUUUACGAAUGCUCUGGACAUUGAUAGUGAAACUGGAAUUGUAGAAGAAGUAAAACGUGAUUGCCAUCUAGAUGGCCUCCACAAGAACAGUAACAUCAUUUAUUUGAUUUGCAACUUCAACACAAAGAAGGUGACUGUGUUGCUCGAUAACUUGGCAUUUGCAAAUGGUGUGGCUCUAAGCAAGGACAGUUCUUUCCUCCUGGUAGCCGAAACUCCCACGUUCAAAAUCUUCAAGCUUUGGCUUCGAGGAUCCAAAGAUGGCGAUGUGGAACUCUUCACUCAAAUGAAACGACCAGCCGAUAACAUUAAGAGAACUGACAAUGGUGAAUUUUGGGUUGCAGUGAAUAGUCUAAGACAGUACCAGACUUCUCCAGAAUAUUGGUUGACGAAAGAUCCGGUGGGAGUAAAGUUUGAUGAACAAGGAAACGUUGUGGAGGUGUUGGAUGGAGAGGGUGGUUCGACGCUUUAG